AUGCCCUCCUCCAAACCACCCUUCUCCAGCGACACCCUCCCCGACCAACCACCCCCCUCCUACGAAACCGCCAUAGCACCACCAACAACAACCACAAACCGCGAAACCACACAAACCUUCUCCCCACGCCAAAGCAGCAGCAGCACCUCCACCACCUCCUCCUCCUCCCAACACGAGCGCGCCCCCCUCCAAAGCAGCGCCUACGCCGCCACCACCGCAGACGGCUACCGCGCGGCGGCGCCCAUGACCGCCGCCGCCGACCAGGCGAAGAAGAAGGGGUACGGGUGGGAGAUGGACGCCGAGCUGCUGGAGUCGCUAGAGAAGCAUCCCGGUACUCCCGCCACGGCGCUGGACUCGCACUCCAUCGAAGGCAACAAUGGUGUAAACCUUGCCAACCCAGGGGGAGGCACCAGCCCCGUUAAACCAGAAGGGUCUGCCAGGUUCCUGGGGGUCUGGUUGGACUGGAAACUCAACUGGAAGGCUCACCUGGUGGCGGUGGAGAAGAAGGCUGAAAACCCAGAGCUAUUCCCCUGCAUCCGGUCGGCGCUGGCCUAUGGCGCAUCAUCGUUUCACAUCCUCACGGAUGUGGGAGGCGAGCCGGCAAAGAAAGGCAUCACUAAGGCCCUCGGGAAGGCCCAGAACAAGAGCUUGCGGAUUGUGGCGGGAGCCUUUAAGUCUACCCCCAUCCGUAACCUCGAGACAGAGACAUGGGUACCACCAUUAAACUUGUACCUAAACAAACGGCUUGCAGAUUUCGAAAACCGACUCCAACAACCCGAUCUGGACGACGGUCAAGGCGGCAAGAAGACGGCGGCGAGCGUUGUCCUCACCGCCUGCCGCAGGAUACAGCAGAGACUUAGCUCGAGGAGGGGCAACAGGGGCCGACCGCGAACCUUGGGACCUCAAGGGCCUACGGCGGUGGAGAGAGCCGCGGGCACGGUCAUGCGCUGGACGGGGGGGAUCGUUGAUACAAACACGGUAGUAGAAAAGGCUUGGAAAGCGAGGUGGUUAAAGGAACGGGACCGCAGGGCGAUCACCAGGCCGGCGGACGACUUUGACCAUCAGCAGGAGACGCUAUUCCGGAACAAAACCCUAAGGAGGCACGACGGUCUCAGCAAGGCGAAGAGCUCACUGCUGAUUCAAAUCCGGACGGGAGCAAUAGGCUUACGGGACUUCUUGUUUCCACGGGGAGUCCCGGAGGUUCUGACUCCUGCCUGCGAGUGUGGCGAGGGACGAGAGACUGCCGAACAUCUGGUAGUGUGGUGUUUGGCCCCACCGUUGACUCGAAGAUGGGAGAGAAUUGGAGUUCGAACACGACGGGACUUUUACUCUGUUCUACACGGCAUCAAUCCCACGACUGCACGGCUCGUGAGGAGAGUUCUCGACUGGCUGAUGGACUCGGGGAAGCUGCCGAUGUACAACUUAGCCAGGAGGCUCGAGCUGGAAGCGGCGGCCUGA